AUGGGCAGCGAUAGUUCGAAAAUACGCUCAUCAUCAAGUGCUCACGAAAAUUUGCCCUCAAUUAAGUUACCUAGUUCAGCCAGCUACUAUGAAGGAAUGUACAGAGGUUGCGAAGAGAUAAGUCGUUCGAGAAACGGUAGCGCCAGCAGCAAAAACAGCAAUAAACAUCCUUUGUCACUGAAAAUGCGUCGAUUAAUCUCGAGCUGCUUCGCGAAUCCUCAUGAAAUGCUCGGAAAGCGAAUCAUGAAACGAGCAUGCGAUCUCAAGGACGAGUUUGCGACAUUUUACACAUCGCUUGAACUGGAGCUACGGGAGGAGCUUGAAGAAAAUGUGAAAAUUCUUCUAAAGAAGGUCGUCACCAAUAUCGAUUACGUUGAUGAGGUGACUCGAUUGUCGGAAGAUUUCGGUCGACGAUUUGUUGAGCUACGGUCGCUCGGCUUCCGCGCGGACUACUUUGCGAUCCUGGCGGACGCGACCAUCAAGGAAUGCACUCAUCUCGAUUCUGCAGUACAUAAAGCACACACAACUACGCAAGCGUUCUCCCUAUUUGGAGCUCUGGUGUUCUCCUCUGUACGUGAUGGCUUUUAUACGGAAGUUCGUCGAAUUCGACGGGCAUCUAACUCCUUCUCGAUUGGAUCGAAUAGCAGCACGAGAAGAAAGAAGCUAUCAGAUGGAGACGGUGCGAGAAGCGCAGGUGGCUCACCCCGCACAUCAUUCUCGCACUCUGGAUCUCCUCGUUCUGGAUCGCCUGAAUCUGGCGACGACAACCCUUUCGAGGAGUACACUAGCGAUGCAUUCUUGAAGCCACCCACCCGAAACAUGCUUAUCGCGCGAUCUUACUGAUUGUUAUGACCGGACAAGUCGUCCUCAUGAUAAGUCUCCUCAGGAUUGCCUUGAUUCACUCUGGUACAGUUAUCAUGCUAGCGUAGUAUAGUAAUAUUCACAUUUACCUUAAUGUUUAGCGUGUGAUAAUGCGACAAUUUGAAACAUAUUCCAAAGUCGAACUUCUUGCUUGUAUCGCUCUUAAACUCAACCUCUUUUAUACCUGUUUGCCAUUGAAAUUUGGGCAUAAUUUUGUGAAUAAUGAUUGCCUUCUUAUUACUGGUUAACGUUAGAACAACCCAACUAGGUUUCACAAUCAGUUCUGUGCAAGUUUCUAGUAACCAUCUGUAGAUGAUGCUCUCCAGGUAGCUUUCAUUUCCCU